CUCGGACAAAGCAGGCGCCACUGUGCGACGGAGCAGCCGUCCAAUCAGAAUUCAGCACAGAAGAGGUGCUUCCGGUAAGUGAUUGCAAGUUCUUCCCUGCUCUGGAGUGGACGUGGCCUAGUAGACUUCACACUAACCACCCAUGCAGCGCUGUCUCACUCUGACCCUUGCCUGGCACAGUAGGCUGCUUUUGAGAAAAAAAAUUGCGUCUGUUCGCUGCCACCAGUCAGCAGCUAUGUCAAGUCUCCUCAUCAACCAACCCAAAUACUCUUGGCUCAAGGAGCUGGGUUUAUCUGAGGAUAAUCUGGGUGUUUACAACGGGAGCUGGGGAGGCAGUGGAGAAGUGGUCACGUCCUACUGUCCUGCUAACAAUGAGCCCAUAGCCAGAGUUACUCAGGCUACUUUGGCAGAGUAUGAAGAAACUGUCCAGAAGGCAAGGGAGGCCUGGAAGGUGUGGGCAGAUAUUCCAGCACCUAAAAGAGGGGAGAUUGUGAGGCAGAUUGGGGAUGCAUUAAGAAAAAAAAUCAAAGUGCUUGGAAGCCUGGUUUCUCUAGAGAUGGGUAAGAUCUAUGUUGAAGGAGUCGGCGAAGUUCAGGAGUACGUUGAUGUCUGUGAUUAUGCUGUUGGUCUGUCAAGGAUGAUUGGUGGGCCUAUUCUUCCUUCUGAAAGACCUGGACAUGCUCUUCUGGAACAGUGGAACCCGGUUGGUCUUGUCGGCAUCAUCACUGCCUUUAACUUCCCUGUAGCUGUUUAUGGCUGGAACAAUGCCAUUGCUCUGACCUGUGGCAACGUCUGCCUUUGGAAGGGUGCCCCCACCACCCCUCUCACCAGUGUUGCAGUUACCAAAAUUGUGGCUGAGGUGCUAGAACAGAACAAUCUGCCUGGGGCCAUCUGCUCCAUGACCUGUGGUGGCGCCGAUAUUGGCACUGCCAUGGCGAAGGACGAACGUGUGGAUCUUCUGUCUUUCACUGGGAGCACCCAUGUUGGCAAGCUUGUGGCCAUGAUGGUGCAGGAAAGGUUUGGACGCAAGUUGUUGGAGCUCGGCGGUAACAACGCUAUUAUCGUGUUUGAGGAUGCAGACCUGAACCUUGUAGUUCCCUCUGCUGUCUUUGCUUCGGUAGGAACUGCCGGCCAGCGUUGCACCACAACCAGGAGGCUGAUACUCCACGAGAGUGUCCAUGACAAAGUGGUUGAGAGGGUAGCUAAGGCCUACAAACAAGUUCGCAUUGGAGACCCUUGGGACCCAAGCACUCUCUACGGCCCUCUGCACACCAUACAAGCUGUGGAGCAGUAUCUGGCUGCCAUUCAACAGGCCAAGCAGCAGGGUGGUACAGUGGUUUGUGGGGGAAAGGUGAUGGAUCGUCCUGGAAACUAUGUGGAGCCUACUAUCAUUACAGGAUUGCCUCAUGAUGCGCCCAUCGUCCACACCGAAACCUUCGUCCCCAUCCUCUACGUCCUCAAGUUUAACACAGAAGAGGAGGCGUUUGCUUGGAACAACGAGGUGAAGCAGGGGCUGUCCAGCAGCAUCUUCACCAAAGAUAUGGGUCGAAUCUUCCGCUGGCUGGGGCCCAAAGGCUCCGACUGCGGCAUUGUGAAUGUUAACAUUCCUACAAGCGGAGCUGAGAUCGGAGGAGCAUUUGGUGGUGAGAAACACACUGGUGGUGGAAGAGAAUCAGGCAGCGAUUCUUGGAAGCAGUACAUGAGGCGCUCGACGUGCACAAUAAACUACAGCAAGGAUCUUCCUCUGGCUCAGGGCAUCAAGUUUGAGUAGAGCCAUCAAGUGCACUUUCAGCAACACUAAAAGUUUUCAUGAUGUCAACCAGUGCAAGACAUUUGUCUUUGUGUUUAGUAAGGUCAGCGUGAAAGAAGCAGAACUUUGGAGCAGUAUUUAGUUGUGACUGUUGAUACUCAUCCUGGAUAUGAAACAAGUUUCCAUCAUUUUCUGUUAAAAGGUAAAAUGCUGUUUUCACAAAAUGUUCAUGUGUAAUUUUCUACAAGCACUUAAAGUUCUGCUUGGUAGCUGAAUGACUGUAAAAUAUAAAAAAAAAAAAAAUGAAAUUUACCUAUUUUGGAAGAAAAAUGUCAUUGGACUUGAACAAUUAAAAAGCUUGUGUUGGGUUAAUGAAUGUAAUAAACUCUUGUAGACUCUUAUUUACAACAAUAGUAAAUGCAUUUAAAUAUUGAGCAAAUCUUAAUAAAAACAAUGGACUUAAA